CACCACACACACACAUGCAAGCAAAUAUACAACAAAAGUUGUAGAACUUGUAUAGCAAACAGGAAAAUUACUAUGAGAAACAAAUACUAAACUGCGAUAACUUUAUACGUUCGACAGCAAUAAAAUAGUUCCUCAAAAUGUACAAAAUUUAUUCCAGAUCAAACAUUUAUCACCAUGGAAAAAAUUGCGUGUCGAACCAAGUAUUUGGUGGAGAAGCAAGAGUUAUCGAAAAGACUAUCCAUGUCUCAUUGCCUUACAAAUACCCUCAAACUGCGCUAAAGUUGCCGACUAAUGUUGUUGAUAUAAAUGCAUCUGAAAUGGGAAGGUUUUCUCCUCUUCGUACAAGAGACAUAUCUGGACCCGUUAUGAAUUCAUGCUAUAAAAGACAAAUUGAAGAUUUUUCAAAAAUUGAUAUCACAGCACAAGUUGAUCCUCAUGUAAACAAGUAUGAUUGUCGUGGGGCAGUGAGUCUCUCAGCGUCUAUGCAGAGUAACGUCCCAAGUCCAUUCAGUGGCAAUCACACUCAUUUAAAUAUGCCAGGCUCCCAGUGGGGACAAGGAUACAAAUAUCUUUCUGAUCACUUGCACAGCGCUCAUUAUUUGACCCUGAGGAAUGAAUACCGCAACAAAAAGCCCAAUUCCGCUGUUACAUUUGGAACAAGAAAUAUGAGUACAAAUACAAAUCCCCCGUUGACUUCUAAAGAAAAAUUGAAGAAGGCUGUGAAAGAUUAUGGUUCAACAGUGAUUAUAUUCCAUGUUGCCAUUUCAUUAAUGUCUUUGGGGGGGUGCUAUCUUCUUAUAUCUAGCGGCGUCGAUUUAGUGGAGAUAUUAAAACGAUUCAAUGUUGGUGAAGGCACAUUAUCUAAAUUAGCAACAUCAAAUGCUGGAACUUUUGUAAUAGCAUAUGCAGUGCACAAGUGUUUUGCUCCAAUAAGGAUGGCCAUAACAUUGACAGCAACGCCUUUUAUUGUACGUUAUUUGAGAAAUAUUGGAUUCAUAAAACGAGGCAUUAAUGCCAGUGGUGGUGGGAAAUAAAAUAUUUUAUCAGUAA